GGCUUCACCCACGACUGGAUGGUGUUUGUCCUCGGCCCGGAGCAGAGCAACAUCCAGCACUUUGUGGAGAAAGUGGUUUUUUACCUGCACGAAAGCUUCCCCAAACCAAAAAGAGUUAUCAAGGAUCCCCCGUUCAAAGUGGAGGAGUCUGGAUACGCAGGCUUCAUCUUACCUAUUGAAGUUUACUUCAGAAAUAAGGAAGAACCGAAGAAAGUUCGCUUUGAUUACGACCUUUUCCUCCAUCUGGAAGGCCACCCACCUGUCAAUCAUCUCCGCUGUGAGAAGCUCACCUUCAACAGCCCUACAGAGGAGUUUCGCAUGAAGCUGCUGAAAGCUGGAGGGCAGCGGGAUCCUAACAAACGAAGUUCAGAAGACUCAAAUGUGAUGGUGAUGCAGGAGGGCUCCACCUCUCUGUUCGGACAGCACAUGAAGCUGCGUUCUCUCCCCAGCUCGCUGACAUCCACCUUCUUGGACCAAAAAAAGAGCAAAAGCUUUCACGGGUCAAAGGAUGGCUCCAAAGGAAGCAGCACCUCCCUUCUCACCAUGGCAACAACCACCAGCACCAACAACAUCAGCUUCUCCAAACUCCACAAACUCUCCAAGGACCACAAAGACAAGCCUCCAAAAGACUUGAAAGAGCCCACAAGUGCCUUCAGAGACUCUGGCUGGGAAUCCAGCAAAGUCCCCAAAGAAACUUCCAGGAAACCUGUUCAUUGUAUUUUGUUAUUGGAAUAA